AGGCAGCUAAAACCAUUCAUGCUAUAGCAAAUGUAAAAGCUCAUUUUUAAUAAAACAGUUUUUUAUGCAUGUUAGACUGCUUGUCCGUUUAUGGUAUCUCUAAAUACUCGAACAUUGUUAUUAAUUCGGACCAUAGCAUAUUUCUGAAAUUAUUAGCUACCUCACCAGUUCAACAUCAAGGUCAGUUGGGUACUUUUCAACACGUGUGUUUUUCGGACUGAUUUUGAAGACACUGCUCCGUUCGAAUCAUGGCUGGGCUCAUAAACUUUGAGGAUGAAAAGGAGGUGAAACAGUAUUUGGAUAAUAUCGGUGUUGAAUUCAGCUACCAGUGUUACAGAGAGAAGGACCCUGAAGGGUGUCAACGACUUGCUGACUACAUGGAGGGAGUUAAGAAAAACUUUGAAUCUACCGCGCAGAUUCUCAAAUACAACUGUGAGGUGAAUAAACAUGGUGAAAGCUGCUACAAGCUUGGGGCUUACCACAUCCAAGGCAAAGGGGGUGUUGCAGAGGAUCUGAAGAUGGCCUACUCCUGCUUUAUGACGGCCUGCAGCGCUGGCGGUAAGAAGUCAGUUGACGCCUGUCACAAUGUGGGUCUCCUUGCCCAUGACGGUCGAGCCAUGGAGAAGGGCCCUGACCCGAAGAUGGCCCGGCAGUACUAUGAGAAGGCCUGUAUGGGGGGAUUCGCUCCGUCCUGCUUCAACCUCAGUGCCAUGUUUAUCGAGGGCUUUCCCGGCCUGAGUAAGGACAUGGGCCAGGCACUGAGGUAUGCUACAAGGGCGUGUGAGCUGGGUCAUGUCUGGGGCUGUGCCAAUGCCAGCCGAAUGUAUAAACUAGGGGACGGGGCGCCGGUAGAUGAAAAGAAGGCAGAGGAACUGAAGAACAGAGCCAAAGAGUUGCACUUUCAAGAGAAAGAAAGGCAGCUCAAGUUUGGGGAAUGAAUGGGUCGCUCAGAGGAAAGUCAGUGAAAUUAAUCUAUAUCGUACCAAAUGGUUAAUGUGUUUAUGAGAUGAGCAGGUUCAGUAGGGCAUGCCUUUGUAUUGUUUGGGUGUGAGCCUGACACAAUACAUAGACAUGUCUGCUUAGUGCUGGUAAAUGUUUGAAGAAUGAUUCUCUAACUUUUCUAUGAUUGGUUUAUCCUGUUAUACAUUGUUAUUUCUUCUCGAUGGAGGACUUACUUAUUUUGUCAAUCCUUAUGAGAUUGUUGAUCUAAAUAUGGAUGACAUUUUUAGUAGGCAUAUCUGCCGAAGCAUUGAGAAGAACUAGAUUGAAUAAAAAUCUGUUUAGAAUAACACCUUAUGGACAGCUUAUUAUUACCUGGGGGAGGUCUUGUCCAAGUCCAGAUGUCUUUUUUUGUUUUAACACAACCCUAUCCAAUGUAAAUGUUUUUUUUCCCCCACGUGACCCCCUGUUCUUGACUUCACUACUUGAGUAUGCCAUUAAGGGUUACAGGCCAGAAGGUUGAGGAUUUGACCACCAAGGAUGAGCUAACUCUCCUGCCUUUUUUAUUAAACUAGGAUCAGAGCCAGCUGCAGAUAAUGAUCACCAAGACGAAAUGCAAUAUCCAACCUUCUGAUGCUAUAUUUAAGCAAUAAGGCCUCAUUAGUAUCCCGAAUGCUGAUGGGCUUUUUAAAGUUACCUAAUCAAAUGAAAACAUUGUGAAUGGCUGGGUUUGUGCCAAACAUUAAAGUUGACAGACUAGA